GAAAAGAGACAAAGAAGCAGGCAUACCUGAAGAAUAAGGGGCUUAAAGUAAGAUAAAAAAGUAACUAGCUGUCUGGAAAAUAAGCAUUAAGUUCAAAAUAAUAAACCGGAGAGCAGCUUACCAACAACAACACUGAAUCUUCCUGCUGGACCUCUCUGUGCGGACGCUGGAACAUGCGCCUGGAGCCGGACAAAGAAAGCUUUCCCGUGGGAUACAUUCCUGGGUCUGGGGUGAAUCUAGACGGAGCAGCUCCAAACACGCCACCACAGACAUGAAUCACCUGCUGAGAGUUCCUGUUCUGGCCAGCAGGGCGUUCAGUAGCUCUGCCAGACAGCUGACGAACCGGGUCCCUGAGGCCCAGAAACUCUUCCAGGCAGACAACGGGUUGCCAGUCCACAUCAAGGGAGGAACAGUUGACGUGGUAAUGUACCGGGCGACCAUGACGCUGACUGCAGUAGGAACGUGUUACUCUGUUUACUGGCUGCUCGUCGCCUCCAUGCCUCAGAAGAAAGCGUAGAGAGGAGUCGACCUGGGCUCAGUCUAUCGCCUGGAGAGCUGAUGCUCCUCUGACAUUCAUCUUUAAGUGUGUUUAUUCAAUUCUGUUUGAUUUUACUGCAGUCUCUAAUGAGUAUGACUUUAAUGAAGCUGUAUAAAGUGUAGAAACCAUA